AUGGAGAUCCAUUCAAGCACAGUAGGUUGCCAAACAGAGUGUACCAGUACUUUUGAGGAUAUGCAAGGUUUGGAAAAAAGCUAUAGUAUGGUAAGAGUAAUUGGGGAAGGUACUUAUGGUAUUGUUUGGGAAGGAUUAAGAAAGGAUACUGGAGAGGUUGUUGCUUUAAAAAAAAUUAGGUUCGAUAGUGAUGAGAUAUUGGAUGAAGUUGGGCUACCUUCCACGGCUAUAAGAGAGAUUGUUUUGUUAAGGGAGUUGAAACACCCAAAUAUCGUUGCAUUAUUAGAGGUUUCAUGUACAGGAAUGCAAAUAUGGCUUAUUUUUGAGUAUUGUGAAACUGACUUAAGAAGAUAUUUAAGAAUAAAUAGAAAAAAAGGUCUUUCAAUCAGCCAGGUUAAGUCUCUCUUAAGACAACUCCUCAGUGGUUUAGCUUACUGCCAUGGGAGAAGGAUCUUACAUCGUGAUUUAAAACCACAAAAUUUGUUGCUAAGUGAUUCAGGUAACACCCUUAAGAUCGCAGAUUUUGGCCUUGCUAGAACAUUUACCCCACCUUUAAAACCAAAUACUCAUGAAGUCGUUACUUUAUGGUACCGCGCUCCAGAGCUUCUUCUCGGACAGAGAUGCUAUAAUUGUAGCGUUGACUUGUGGAGUGUGGGUUGUAUAAUGGUAGAAAUGAUCUCUGGCAAACCCGUUUUCCCAGGUGACAGUGAAAUUGAUACACUAUUUUAUAUUUUCAGACUCCUUGGAACUGCAAAUGAAAGUAAUUGGCCAGGAGUUACUCAACUUCCGUGUUAUAAAAGUGUUUUUCCUCAAUGGAAGGUGAAUCCAAAGUUGAAUCUUCACGCAUUGCUUCCAAACCUAGAUCAGGCUGGGGUUGAUCUUUUGUCUAGAUUAUUACAAUACUGUCCUAAGAAACGAAUUACUGCCUUGGAAGCUCUCCAGCAUCCAUGGUUAAACACUAAUACUCAAAACAUAAACGUUGAAAUGGAAAUAUAA